AUGCAACUGGUCAUGCAGUUCUUAGAUAUCAUCACCCAAUGGGAAGGAGGACGUGUUGCCAAUAUAUUGAAGGAUCGAAAUCUGGAUCCUACCCAUGUGAGAAACGCAAUAUUGUCAUGUAUGUAUGAUCCUAGACUUUUACGUUUAGAGGGUCUGAUUGCUAAUGACUUCGUUGAAGCCGUUGAAAGAGUCCAAUAUUCACCCGAUACUGUGCUCUCUGGUUUGGCUUACUUGGCAUUGGAGCCCACAAGUUCUCGACUGAAUCAGGCUUUAGCGUACAAGUGGAUGGAGAAGCUUCAAAGUCAACAUAUUGUGCUAACGGCAAACCAAGUAAUGCCCCCCUUGGUUGAUGGGAUCAUGUACUAUUUUUAUCGCAUUCAAAACUCAAAAUUUUAUUCGGAUGAGGCACUGAUAAAGUUUUGGAAAUUCAUGAACAGGUUCAUUGAUCUAGUUGACAACAGUGCUAUAUUAGAAAAGUUCAAUACUCCACCAGAUAUGGAAAAGAUGAGCGAAUAUACUAAUGUGCACUUGUAUCUGUUGAUUCGAGUUUUGUUCAAUAACAUGAUGUCGCUGCUUAACGAGCCUUUACCAGCCCUAUUUGAGAUACUCGCGAAAAUGUUGACACGAUUCGGAUCCCAAUUGUGGCAAUACACUGACCAUAUCACUUGGUCUCAGGUGCUAGAUUGCACCUUGAGCAAUUCUCAUUACAAAAAGCAACUAUUGGAGACCAGUGUGUGUGGAACCGUACUUACGGUUGGAUGGUUUGACCCAUUAUUGAACCUGAUUUCUCAAGUCCAGUUCUACACAGCAGCCGUUAGGUACGCAACGUAUUUGUUGAAUGUUUGUGCGAGCGUGUCUCCUGCUGAAUCCGUGCCAAACGUGUCGACCUUGAAGUCUGUGGCUGUCAAUUAUUUUUUCCGUGUAUUUGAAGGGACGCCUGUUGAUAUCACAAGUGAGAAGUAUUCUAUCUACAUGUUGCAACUUAAGGAGGCACGAACCAAUAUUGAUGGUUUCCACAAUCAAAUCGUGGAUUUUGCGAUCAAAGAAAAAUCACAAAUUGCGCAAGAUUUGAUUUGCAAGUGUCUUGAGUAUGACCUUGGUCUCUAUGGACACAACACUUGGGAAAUAUCGAAUGGUCGCAUACCAGAGAUAUUUGAAAUGUGGCCGAAGCUCUACCAAACGUUAUUGUCGCGACCGAUAUACGCGGGAUCUGAUUUUUGCCUGGCCCUCUUCAAUAGUUUCAAGAGAAUUAUUUACGUCAUCAGUUUCAUGAAGCGUAAAGAGUCAUUUCUGAAGCAAUUAGCCGAUAUACGUGACAAGCAUAAUGAUGUGGUUAACGUGAUGAUGAAAACGUUCCAAAAGUUGCUUGAUAGCAUUGCAUUGAGUGAUCCUGAGGGUCUUCGACGUUCUGUACUUACGAAAGAAGGAUCUGAAGCUUUAUGGGCUACUUUGUUUCUGCCUCACGUCGGUCCAUCAGGGUUAGAUGUACUCUAUCUGGCUUUCAGUGACGAAGGCGGUGCACGUUUGGAAGCCGUCAAGCGAUUAAUAAAUGCCGAUUUGGAGUUAGCUGUGGGACUGAUUCUGACGUCAUUACGUAAAGUCGUGACCGUUGAUGCUUUUGAGCCGUGUCCCAAGAUCAUUAGAAUUCUAAUGGAUGUAUUCCAGGCAUUAGGGGAUCCUUUACUGGGGUUAUUGGUGCUGGCUAAGCUUUCUGAGCCUCUGAACGUAUUAGCUUUGUGGAAUGAACUGUGGGCUUUCUUAAAGUGGAUGUAUGACAAGACUUUUGUUUGGGCUCAUCAAUAUGCUACUGAACAUUUGGAGGAAUAUGCUCGGGAUGUUCUUGACGUUCUGCGCCAAAUAUUCGAUCUGUUCCGGAUGAUAAGCAACAAAUUGAAGAAACCCCCGCAAGAAUUAUUUCAGCUGGUGAUGCUUGCGUUCAAUCUGUUAGUUGUGUGGUUGCGGUUGGGCGAUCCUGUUUUACUUAAUCAAUGCCUCGCCCUAGUUUUCGAUGGUUUCGACUUGCUGAUCGAUCUCAAAAUUGAUAUUGAUCAUAAGUUUUUGACUUAUUUUAUUUCUUACGGCGCCAGAGCGAAAAAGUUUAAUAACAAGCUCUCGACCCAACAGCGCACAGAUAUCUUAAAUAAGGCUCGGGAAUUCGGUGCAACAGAUCUAGUUGACAAGAUUGUCAGGGAAACCACUCAAAGCAGAACAAGUUCUAUCGAAAGUAGUCUGUCGCUGCCAACAACCUCUGCUUCUGGGUUAACAUAUACUUCUCGCAAGCCGGGUCUACCGUCUCAGCAAACAAUAUCCCGGUUUGGCACAGCGACGAGGUUAGCUCCUCGAGCGCCAGCACAAGCGCCUGCUUCUCCACAGUUCAAACUGCCCGGUAUGGAAGCUGUACGCGCGGAACUCAAGUCCACUCGUGAGCAGGUUAGAAGUCCGAUCAACUACAGUUCACCUGCUCCUCCAAGACCUGCUGGAUUUAAUAAUAGGAAGUCCAACGAGGCUCAAGUCUUGCGACUGGUUCGAAAGAGAGGUCAAUCUGGAGAAUUGUCUUCUGAUGAUGACGAUGAGACUGAUUUGUCUGAUUUGUUCGUCGAGCUGAAAAAACCGAAAGCUAAAGUCGUGGAAGUUGACAUGCAUGGGCGACCACUUCCCAAGUUUGUUGGUAAACCUCCACGCGGUAUGCUGCCUGAAGAGUUGAAGCGCAAGGAAGAGGAAAAUAUGCGAAUGAGAUUGAAUGUAAACUUGAAACCGUUUUAUUCUCAAAUCCUCAAGUGGAACUAUAACAGCGACGAUCAAUACCCCACUGCAGACAAAGACUGUUUUCAGCCAGUGAAACUGACAUAUGCUGAUGCCCGAGAUUAUGUGAAAACAAUGGAACCACUUCUCAUGUUGGAAUGUUGGCUGGGAAUACAACAAGCAAAAAGAACUGUUCAAGAGACCCCGUUCAAGUUGACUGUGGGGCUGCGAUUAAGUGUAGACGGGUUCUUUGAUGUAUACACGCUGAUUCCCAAGGGGGUAAUUCAGGAUCGGAAAAUCAGUGACCUGGAUCUUUUGGUGCUUGCUCAUCCCGAAUCAAAUCAUGCAGAAAAUGAUCAACAAAUUGCAAAUUUUAUCAAAGAUGGAACGACUACGACUUGUUUGGCCAAAGUCAAGGAAAUCAAGCUGGCUAAUGCUGAAUUCUCCGACGUAACUCUUCGUGUUUAUCCCCAAGGACUGAUGAUGGGGGUUUUAACCCCACAAACGGAGAUAUAUGGUAUGCGUGUUAUGCAAAUGAUUACAGUAGAGCGCGAAUACCUGUCGCUCAAGGGGUUGCAGUGGUACGAUUUAGAGAAAGAUGUAUUGUCGGCCACACCAGCUGCACCGAUCGAUAUACUAGAUGAGGAUGCCAAAAAAGUUGGAGAAACUUAUGGAGUGAAUCCAUCGCAAGCUAAAGCUAUUAUGGGUCUGGCACAAUCUAAAGGAUUUUCACUCAUCCAGGGUCCUCCAGGUACUGGGAAAACGAAAACUAUUUUGGGUUGUAUUGGAUACUUUUUGAGUCAGCAGAAGAAUCCAAAAUCACUCACUGUUCCUAGAAACGACAACAUCAAGGAUAUUGACAGCACACAUAUUCCCAAAAUUCUCAUUUGCGCUCCUUCAAACGCGGCUGUCGAUGAAUUGUUGAUACGGAUUCGAGACGGCAUCAAGUUGAACAGUGGUGAUAUGAUUGUGCCAAAGGUUGUUAGAUUAGGAAGGUCAGAUGCUAUUAACGCUUCUGUGAAAGAUUUAACUCUCGAAGAAUUGGUUGAUAAAGAGCUUGCUGCAAAUUUAGGUGAUCGCCAAAGAAUCCAAAUCGAUCCAAAAAUCCGCGAGCAGCACACGGCUGCUACUAAGGAGCGCGACUCCAUUCGGAAACGCAUUCAGCAAGGUGACCUCUCUGAAUCCGAGCUCUCAAAACUUGAAACGAAGAUUCGAGAAGUGAACAAAAAGCGUAAUGAAUUGGCCAAGAUGUUAGACAGUCAACGUGAACAGGCAUCAAUUCAGCAUCGAACCAGAGAAAUUGAGCGUCGAAACUGUCAAGCCAAAAUUCUUUCGAGUGCCCUGAUCAUUUGUUCGACACUUUCGGGGUCCGCGCAUGACUUUUUGAAACUGUUACUGAUGAAAUUUGAGCUGGUAAUAAUUGAUGAAGCUUGUCAAUGUGUCGAGUUACUGGCGCUUAUUCCGUUGCGCUAUGGCGCUAGAAAGUGCAUAAUGGUGGGCGAUCCCAAUCAGUUACCUCCCACAGUGUUAUCGCAAGCAGCUCUGGGACUUGAUUACGAACAGUCUUUGUUUGUCAGAAUGCAGAAGCAGCAUCCAGAUCUGGUAUAUUUGUUGGACGUGCAAUAUCGUAUGCAUCCUGAAAUAUCAGUGUUUCCCUCCAGAGAAUUUUAUGAAGGAAAGCUUUCAGACGGACCCAAUAUGUUUGAAAAAAACACCCGCCCGUGGCACCAUCAUUUUCCGUUUACGCCCUUUCGUUUUUUCGAUGUUCAAUCGCAACAUCAGGUGAACCUGUUGACUAAAUCGUUGUACAACAAAUCGGAAGCCAGUAUGGUUUUGGAUAUGGUUCUUGAAAUUCAAAAAUUUGUGGAACCAGCGCAGUUUACGGGUAUGGUGGGGAUCAUUUCACCAUAUAAGGAACAAAUCAGAGUUAUCAGGAACUUAUUCAUAAAUAAGUUUGGUUCUUUGAUCACAAAAGAGAUAGAUUUCAACACUGUUGAUGGAUUUCAGGGCCAGGAGAAAGAGAUCAUUAUCAUGUCUACAGUACGAGCGCUGGAAUCUGGCAGUGUCGGGUUUUUGAGCGACGUAAGACGGAUGAACGUGGCAUUGACCAGAGCGCGAACGUCUUUAUGGAUUUUGGGCAAUGCCGAUUCGUUACGACGGAAUAAAAUAUGGCGUCGGUUACUCAGAGAUGCUGAAGAGAGACAUUGCUUGAAUUCAGUUGCUGGAAAUAAUCUUAAGUUAUUGAUGGCAAACGGAGAUCCAAUGGCUGGCUCGUCCUUAAAUGCGACUACUCGUUCGCGUCGAGAAGACACGAAGCUGCGAACAGAAGACAAGCAACACCCAAACUCUGUGGAGCCCAGACAAGCAGUGAAAGUUGAGAGUCAGCGUAAGCUGGAUGAAUCUUCGAAUCCCAACAACAACACUGAGGAUGGUGAAAACUUGAAAGUAGAUGAUGCGCGGCGAAAGCAUCCUCUCCAUGGGGAGCAAACAGACCGAAAACGUUUUAAGCAAGCUGAUGGCAGCGAACCCACGCUCUUUAAUCGAAUUGGCGAGCCUAAACCCGACGUGGAUUAUAAGGAGGACAAAAAGUCCUCAAUAUUCGACAGCGCUACUUCUGGGCCAAACAAAUCUGGUGUUCGCCACAAACCAUAUAUUCACCCUGGUAAUUCAAUGCCAAGUAAUUCUGGUGUCAUACAGGCGAGCUUGGGACCUAAUCACGAAAUCAGUAUCCUGGAUGAACCGGAGGGGAGUGGCAAUCAACCCAGGCCGACGUUUCAAGGGUACCGCGAUCGUGGCGGGCGAGGACGUGGUACCAGAGGUAAUUUCGGAAGUAGAGGCACAUACCGUGGUGAGUCUCUGGGUUAUCAUACAAAUUAUCGUGGUGGUUUUCGGGGUGGACGUGGAGGUGGUCAUUCCAAUCGUGGUGGCUUUCGUGGAGAAUCUCAUGUUCCAGCUCCCACCAGUCUGGGAAAAAUACCGAAAAAAUCCUCUAACCCCAUAUUCAUAAAACGCCGCCCUCCGCCAAAGCCGUGA